AUACUCAACUUGUCAUCUCUUCUCUUGAUGAAUUGAUGAACGCCAAUGAUAUCAGCAAGCUAGACUCUGUUUUAACGAUGAUCGUUCAACAUCAAUAACUAUGAUGAGAAAGUACGUCUUUCACUCUUGCAAUGCAUUCACCAAGUAUCUAAGAGUUGGUUUUCUCAGUCAAAACGCGUCCCGUCUGAGCCUGUCAGGAACCCAUCCAAGCGCCUUCAUGAAACCCAGUUCAAUGCGGCUGUGAUGCCAUUGAUAUCUGCAAAGGGGCAGUUUUCGUCCAAGCUAUUGCGUCGCUUGAUUGUGUGACACCGAUAGUGAUGCCGGAGCCCAUGACUACAUAAGGACUUGCUGCCUGAACGCUGUGCACUUUCGCCGUCCCGACCGUACCCCCACGACUUGUAACGACCUUCGUCUUCGUUCCCUCCGCUGGGCGGAGCUGGGUCUCUUCUUUUUGUUCUCACCGACGCUCUUUUUGGUUCUGUUUCUUUGGCUUUGCGGCCUUGAUGGCUGCUUUUAAUGUCUCGCUGGACGAUAGCUCUCCUUUAAUAUCAUAUUCUCCUUCUGGAGCGUGGACAGAUACGCCCAGUAAUGAUACACUUGCCCAGUCGUACGCGGCAAAGUCUCUGCAUGUCACCCAUCAGCAGGAUGCUUCUGCGACAUUCAAAUUCAAUGGGACUGGUGUUUGGCUUUUCGGCGGCUUCAGAUUCAACUAUGGGUCAUAUUCUCUGUCUGUGGAUGGCAACACUGUGAAGACUGGCUCUGCUCGAUCUUCGGAUGCUCGGGUUGGUCAACUCUUGGGAGGAGUCUCGGACCUUGAUAUGGGCGAGCACACUGCUGUGUUGACGAGCUCGGAUUCUUCGCCUAUCGAUCUGGAUUCUAUCGUGUUCGAGACGAAAGUCGGAUCAUCCAACGGCACUGUGUCAUCGUCUACUCUCGAUGAUGGCGACAACAAGAUCUCCUUUUCUCCUUCAUCGGAUUGGGGGGUCAGCAACAACGAUUUAUUCUCUGGCGGGAGUGUUCACUUCGCACAGAAGGGAGGGGCUGAAGCUUCGUUUUCGUUCUCUGGAGAUGCGCUUGCAAUUUCUGGUGGUUCGUCUUUCGACCAUGGAGAUUACGAGGUGUCAAUAGAUGGUCAAUCACAUCAGCUGAAUGGCGGAAGUAAUGGAGCUAUGCGAGUUUAUCAUCCUCAGACGUUGCUUUUUUUUGCCUCAAAUCUUGGUCACGAACAACAUAAUGUCACGGUUGCCUCUCGCGGGAAUGAUAGCACUCCGUUCCUCGACUUGGACUCCAUCACCAUCUACCAGAAUUCCAAUAGCACAGAUGAUGAAAGCGGUGGAAUGGGAUUUGGAGAUGGUAUGAUGACUCCUCAGGUUAAUCAAGCCCAAGCAAAUGCAUCGGGGGAUGCCUCCCAAGGUCUUUCGAAGUCCGCAGUUGUUGGUCUCGUUGUCUCCAUUUUGCUUGCCAUCUUGCUCCUCAUCGCUCUGGUCCUUUUCUUAAUUGUCCGCUCGCGCCAGAGGAAGCUGAAGAGGAAGCAACGGGCAAAAGCCGCUGAAAUGGCAUCGCCUGUGUUUCCCUUGCAGGAUCCUGACCUGGAAGCCGGACAAGGCUACUUCAGCGAGAAACAAAUUCCGCAGAUUCCAGUACCGGAACCUGCUGUAAUUCCACGAUACCAGGUGCAAGACAAUCCACGUCCUGGUCUUCCUGCCCAACCGGGUGUAUACCUGGGCGGCGUGCAGCAAGCUAGUGAACUGGAUCGCAGGAAGACGACGAACACAAGAUGGUCGCAGGCAUCAUUUGCUUCGACAGAUUCCACUUUGACGGAUUACUAUCACCAAAGUCAUCCUAAGCCCCACGAUUCGAUCCCACCUGUCCCGCCACUACCGACUGCUCUCCCGUUGAGGAUACGCAACCGAUCUACUGCGUACACCGAGGCGUCAGAUGACUCUACCCGUGAUUUUGCCGACUAUUAUCGCGACUCAGUCCUGGUCGUUCCAGAUGUCACGAAGACGCCGCCUGUGCGGCCAGCCCGGCCACCCGAUCUGAGGUUGGACCUGGAUGGACCGGAAUUUGAUUCUAUACAGCUGUAGUACAUAUUCUCUGUCGAAUGGGAGGUUGACAUGGACACCUGCCAUCAUGCCCGAGCUGGUUGAGAUGUAAGGUAGACCAAGCAAACCGUAAAAUACUUAUUCGGUAAAUUAUUUGUUGAUAUCGUGCAUAUGAUGAAAACACGACGAUGCACUCACCGCCCAGAGAGGAGCCGUGAAAUGAAACAGAAAUGCAGGC